AUGCACAAUUACACUAAUUCAUUUGGAGGUGUAGGAGGAAUAGGAAAAUCAGGAAGCAAUUCUAUGCUUCCAUGCACAAACUGCUUUAGAACAUUUAAUCCUGCUACUCUAGCGCAGCACGAAAAAGUAUGUAGGCCAGUUCCUACAAGCGCAAAAGGAGGACAUAAAGGUUUAGGGAUGACCUAAUCAAAAGGUUUUAUAGAAAAGAAUUAUAAUUCCAAUCCAUAAAUACCUGAUUUUUCAAACGGUAGAUCCUCUGCAUUUGGUUCAUACCAAACAAAGGAUACAAACAUCUUUUCCUAAGGUGGAGGAGGUGGAUAUGGUGCCUCAAAAGAAAAAACUAUUCCAUGCGGAUGUUGCUUCUAAAAAAUUCCUUCAAGCUAAUUUUAAAAACAUGAAAUCGAAUGCAGAUAGGUUUCAAUGAAUAAAAAAAAAGGAGGGAACAAAGUAGUUGGUGGUGGUGGUGCAAUGAACAGAACUACUGCAAUCUCAAGUAAUAGAGUAACAAAAAAAGAACCUGAGCCUGAACCUCCUAAAAUGAUGUAGAGGCCAAUCUCUCUCAUGUGUUACAUUUGUGGCAGAGAAUAUGGAACUAAAAGUUUGCCAAUUCACUUAAAAACUUGCUAAGAAAAAUGGGAAGUAGAGUAGUCAAAUAAAUCAUAUAAAGACAGGAGACCUAUGCCUAGAGCUCCUCCUGGCUUUGACCAAUUACUUGCCAAAGAUAAAAUUACUAGAAAAGAUAUUGAUAACUAUAAUAAUAGAGCAUUUGAUCAGUAUAACUAUGAUGUUCUUGUUCCUUGCGAGAAUUGCGGUAGAACAUUUAAACCUGAAAGUUUAAUUCCUCAUUAGAAAAGUUGCAAGCCAAAUAAUCCUUUAAAACCAAUGUCAAAUGCAUAGAAGUAGUACUAAGAAGAGAAAACGUAUGCUAUGAAUGGUGAUUUAGACUUAGUUCCAUGCCGUAAAUGUAAUAGAAAAUUUGCGUCAGAUAGAAUUAGUAAGCAUGAGUCUGUAUGUAAACCUGGACCCACUAAGUAAGCUUUGAGGAAGUAAAAAGCACUAGAAUUAAAGAAACAAAAGUUAGAAAAGAAUGAUAGAUUCUAUGAAUAAAAACUAGCCAACAAUAACUGGAGACAGCAACAUGAAGAGUUUUAGAAUUAAUUAAAAUAUAUGAGAAAAGUUGGAAAUGUUGAAAAAAAUGGUGGUGAUAUACGCUCACUUCCUCCACCACCUAAAUCUAAUGCUAUGAGAAGUAACAUGAAGCAGUGUCCACACUGUCUACGUAACUUUAGUGAUGAAGCAGCAGCUCGUCACAUCCCUAAAUGCAAAACUACAAUCAAUAAACCUAAACCUCCACCAAGUUAUUAAGCUAAAUAGGAGUAAUCUUAUUCAUCAAAGCCUAGUUAUGGUAAUUCAUAUGGUGGCGGUGCAGCCAAUAAAAGAGCAGUAAGUUACAACAGACCAAGUUAUGAAGAUUUUGGUGGAGAUGAUUAUGAAGAUUAAUAUGGUGGUGGUGGAGCUAGCUAUAGCAGUAAUAAAUAUACUAGUCCCUAAAGUAAAUACUUAGGAAGCUCUAAAUAAUAAUAAUACAAAAUAGUGAAUUCAAAUACUAGUAGUGUAAAUAUCUUUAAAGGAUCUAGUGGAGGUGGUGGAAGCCAGUUUGGAGGAAAUGGUGGUACAGGAAGAGAUUCAUUCUAAAAAUACCAAAAUAUGGGAUCAAAAUAUUAAAAAACUCAUGACAUGCUCUAUGGGAUUGGAGCAUUUAGUGGAUAAAACGGUGCAAAUUAAAUAAUUACAAAUUCUUCUGCCUUCCCAGCUCCUAAAGGUUUAGGAGGAGGAGGUUUUAGAUGA